AGGUGGUGCGAGAGACGGUUCAGUCACUUCAGAUUACUGCACCUGUAGCACAAGUCAAGUCAGAAAGCAACAUCAUAAUUCCUGAAGUAAACAGUCCCAUCAAUCGAAAUGAGAGAAACAUUUGUUUUCUGCAAGUCAUUGACUUUCCAUGUUCUUUGUUAAUAUCAGCCACAAGGUUUUUCAAAACAGCCAGUUCAAAGGUGUUUGAAGAUUGUUUACCCAAAGUGGUGAUCAAGUUACGUUAUUUAUGGAUUGCCCUUUUUGUGUGUCUUACAGCUGGUUUUCUGUGUGUUACUUUUGUUAAACCAGGUCUGCAGCUACCAAAUACAAGAAACUUCCAAGUGUUUGCUUCAUCACAUCCACUUGAAAAUUAUGACUUAAACUAUAAAAGCUACUUUAGAUUUGCCAGUUCACAGCAGAAUAGUGGCAUGUGGCUAGAACUCUUCUGGGGAAUAAAACCGGAAGAUAAUGGAAAUCAUCUUAACCCGGAUGACUACGGAACCCUUCAACUGGAUGAAAGCUUCGAUAAAUCAAGUCUGUUCAGUUCUGCUGGUCAAAAGUUCCUUCAUUCCUUGUGUAAGUCCAUUGAAGACCAACCAUUUUUUGCAGCUUUCCCUUAUAGCGAUUUGUGCCCUAUAGAAGCAUUCAUUAAAACUUGUACCUCACCAGGAACGGCAUGUUGUGGGGUCAAUGCUUCUUUUCCAUUUCCAGCCAAUACUGCAGAGGACUGUUUGAGAAAGGCUCCAUUCAACACAGGUGUUUUGUUUGACCAACAGGGGAAAGUGGUUGGUUUUCAUUUCCAAAUAAUCUCAGAUCAAUCAUUUACCACCAGUUUUACUGCUAUGGAUGACUUCUGGAAAAGCGUGACAUUUUGGUUUGACAAAGAAAGGGCUAAAGCUCCAACAGGAUUGGAUAAUGGUUGGGUUGGAUGCUGGAAUCUAGACUUCUAUGCUCUUCAGAUGGGACUGUCGGAAGGCACGUACUCUUCAUUGGGAAUCUCUGUUGCUGUAUCAUUUGGAGUCAUGCUGCUUACAACCCUCAACAUCUUCAUCAGCAUCUAUGCAAUCAUCACCAUCAUUGGAAUUAUUUCCAUAACCAUUGGGUGUCUUGUGCUGGCCGGCUGGCAGUUGAAUAUCUUUGAGUCUAUUGUGGUGUCAGUGGCAGAGGGUCUGUCUAUUGACUUAACAAUGCAUUAUGGGGUGGCUUACAGACUUGCACCAGACAAAAGUCAGAGAGAUAGCAGAGUGGGUUACUCUCUGAAGCACAUUGGAUCAGCCAUCACGAUGGCUGCUCUUACAACAUUCUUAACAGGUUUGAUGAUGAUGCCAGCCUCAGUCUUGGCAUACUAUCAGCUGGGACAAUUCUUGAUGUUAGUUAUGGUCUUCAGUUGGCUUUUUUCAACUUUUGGCUUCUUGUCCAUAUGCUCUGUGAUUGGUCCAAAGGAUGAUUUUGGACAGUUGAACUGUAGUCCUUUCUUAAGCAUUUGUUCUUCAUGUAAAAAUGAACCUGAGGAAGAGAUGGGCAAUCUGGCCAUUCCUGAUUUGGAUAAAAGUCCUCAUGAUCAAAAUGACACAGACAUCACUACAACCCUCUGAAGAGUGCACCAAGGCUACAGUACACUUUAGUUACUAUCUGCUGGAAAGGUGUUUUGAGGAAGUUUGAUCUUAGAGAGCUGAGUUGUGCGAUAAAGUAAAGAUAAGCAGAUCUUGCUACCAAACACACGUCAGGGAUCUGCUUGUUGUACAAAAUGCUCCAUACCAUCAAGCAAUAAUAUAAAUGUUGGAAUGUGUGUUUUCAUGAAGAAUAUCUAUAGAUGCCAUAAUUUUAGAGAGUACUGGUCUGGUAAAUUCAUAUUUAACAAAAGUGUUAACUGGCAGGUUAUGCUAUAUGUUACCUUUUCAUUUCCAUGAGUGGUCAAAAAGGAAUUUCUCUUUGUAAAAUCCAUACAUAUUCAAGCAGAAGAGUUACAAGUAGAGAAAGGUAUACCAGCAAGGAAGUUUUUAUUCUGGGGACAGUUUUAGAAUGUUAGGUUAGGUUGGUAAUUGGUGACUUAAAAAAUAGUUCACAUUGGAGUAAUUUCCUUUGUCCUGGUCUUGGAAUCCAGCACUGUCAAUCUUGGUUUAGGAAACGUAAAGAUCGAUUGAGAAUUUUUCCAUGGCUACUGUAUAAAAUCUUAUUACUAUUUAUCUGAACCAUCCAGUAAAUAGUGUCUUUGGUGCAGCCCUUGAAAGCUGUUUAAUAUUAUACCCUUUUAGCAAGGAGUAGCCUUAAGAUUAGGUAUAAAAUAUUAUCUUUCGAACAUUAGACAUAUUUCUUGUUUUGCAUAUUUAUAUAUUCUUAAGUUAUCUCAAAGUUCUGUACAGUGUCAUUGCUUAACUUAUUUUAUAGGAGGAUCAGUUAGAUUGCUGUCUAAAUACAUUUUUUAUUGACAUGUAUGGAUUCUAAGCCUUAAAGCGACAAAAAAAAUGCAGAUCAUAAUUGUUUUACCUUCAUAAUCCACAGUUCAUUUAUUAAAUUGUUAAGCAAAGCAAGGUGGUAAGGAUUUGGGGUACAAAUGAAAAAUUAUCAGUUAAUUCAGUUCCUACCUGGCUUAGUUGGGUUAAGGUUAGGGUUAGUUAACAAAUUACAUGGUGGGAUCAUUAAAAUGCAAGUAAAUGGUUGAUAAAUAUUAAUUUUCUCUUGGUUCAGUGUGAUUGACUGUAUAAAGGAUGAGCUUGAUUGCAGGCCAAAAUUUUUUAUUGCAAGGUUUCCUUGCAUAACUAUUGAUGAUUUUGAUGUUAAUGACAUAUUAAAUUUCUAAUAAUUGAUGAAAUUAAAAAAUAUCAGCAUUUAGUGAUCAUUAAUUAUAGGUUGAUAAAAAUCAUGCCUAUUUUUUUAAUUGAACACUCCUUGAUUGCUUUUGUUAAUUGAUAAAUAAACAUUGAUUAAGGUUGAUUAAACAUCCAUUUUUGAUGAUCAGUGAUUUCAUGAAUUAACUAGGCCAGGUUAAUAGGUGUCAACGGACUAAAGAGAUAGUGCUGAUUAUUCAAUUAAUACAGCUUACUGCAAGUCUAUAAUAUAAAGGUCACUUAUUCUAUUCAGUUAAGCUUUUUCUCUAUUCUUUUUUGUAUAAAAAUAUAUAGAGAUAAUAUUUAUCAUAAUUUACCAACAGAUAAAGAAAUUUGACUUGGGAAAGAUAUCCUUAUGGAUUUUGCUGACCCUUUUGUAUAUAACUUUUGCUUGGAAUUUAAAUGGAAGUGAGAGUAAAGAGUGAUUCAUGCAUGUGCACUUUAAAUAUUUCAAUUCAUUUUUUAAAAUUAAUUUUUAAGGUAUGGAUAGAAAAGAAAAAGUUGUGGAAAAGAUAUCUGAAGAAUUUGGGGCACAAUGUUAACAGUUGCUCGAUCUCUUGCUCUAUGACUUUAUUCAUAGAUUUGAAUCAGGAAGACAGUCUUCAAUUUUUCACAUUAAGGUGUGUGCCAACUGUGCUGAAAUAAAUAUUUACCUCACUAGA